GCCAUCCUCACAGUGGCUCUGAAAGCAACCGGAGAGGCAGCUGAGGGAUCCUAGCUGAUCGGGAGUCCAGGUGAAACAGGCUAGAGGCUGCAUUGAUGGGAGGCUGGCAUGUCACAAGUCUGAACGCAGAGCAGGGGAGGGGGCCAGCCAGGCAGGAUUGUAGUUGGGCUGUUUGGUUGAUGAAGGGGGUCAGCGUAGGCAUGUGUCAUCAUCGAGGUAGGCAGGGAAGGGGAGGGCUGUGCGUGGGGGGAGGAUAUAUAUGCUGGUGUGGCUGACACAGAGGAACAAGCCUCACAUCUGAGAGAACCCAGUGACGGACAGCGUCAGCCUCCCGCUUCCCACUGCUGCACCAUGAAAAUCCUCUUUUGUGACGUUCUGCUGCUCAGCCUGCUCUCCAGCGUGUUCAGUAGCUGUCCAAGGGAUUGUCUCACCUGCCAGGAGAAGCUCCACCCAGCUCCAGACAGCUUCAACUUGAAGGUGUGCAUCCUCCAGUGUGAAGAGAAGGUCUUCCCCCGCCCUCUCUGGACUGUAUGCACCAAAGUCAUGGCCAGUGGCUCCGGGCAGCUCAGCCCUGCUGACCCAGAGCUCCUGUCAGCUGCUCUUUACCAGCCGGAAGUCUCGGAGAUGCAGCACCUGAAGAGAAUGCCGCGGGUCAGGAGCUUGGUGCAAGCACGAGAUGCAGAGCCUGAGGCAGAUGCAGAGGAGCCUGGCGCAGAUGAUGCUGAUGAGGUGGAGCAAAAGCAGCUGCAGAAAAGGUUUGGGGGCUUCACCGGGGCCCGGAAGUCGGCCCGGAAGUUGGCCAACCAGAAGCGGUUCAGUGAGUUUAUGAGGCAGUACCUGGUCCUGAGCAUGCAGUCAAGCCAACGCCGGCGCACUCUGCACCAGAAUGGUAAUGUGUAGCCAGAAGGAGCCCCUCCCAGCUGCACCGGCCACUGCAACCCAUGAGCAUCCAGGUGAUCCCCCGUACAGCAUGUGUCCACACCAAGACCUGCAGGCCGGGAGUCAGGAUCCCUCCCUCCCCGAGGCACUGAGCGGCCACCCAAAGCACCUCCCUGCCCGGUUGUUGCCCCCACCCCCACCCCCAUGGCAUGUUUCACCACAAUCCUGUUGCUACAUCAGAGUGUAUUUUUGUAAUUCCUCCAGCUAACAUUUUAAUGGCCCCAUCUUCUCGCUCAUCCUCUGCCCUCUUGUAGGGCUAGGCGAGAGGAACGUGAAAUCAGACCUGGGGGUUUGCCUCUUCACUGCCAUAACUUGUUUGUAAAAGAGCUGUUCUUUUUGACUGAUCGUUUAAAACAACUUUCUCCAUUAAACUUCUACUGAGCAAA